AUGGGACUGUCGGUGGCAACACGCGUCUUGUUGUUUGUCUCCCUUCUCUUCGCACGCAGCGCCACCAAUGGCAAUGCAGCAGCAGACGAAGCAGGCGCUCCCGCAGACGGACCCGCAACCGAGCCUUACUCCACCAAGCAGCUCGACGCUCCUGCCGAACGUGCGGUCACCGCGGGCUUGCAGUUUCUGGCCGAUGAUGCUGGCCCUCCACCACCGACCGACGGCACUGGCCUGUUGACGGCCGUCGAGGAAAACCCGCAGAACGAGGAGCCCGCUGAUGGACAGAAUAAAGGCGUGCAGGACACCGCUCAGGGAGACAUGGCCGUGGCCGAGGACAGAUCGGACAGGUCGUACGCCGCUGUCCGCAACGCGCCUCCGCACCACCCGCAGAAGCCGUACCAGCACCCUCCACCACCGCGGCCUCCGCCACCGGCGCCACCUGUGGUACGUGCCGUGGCCCCUAAGCAUGUCCCGCGUCCUGUUCUACCGGUACAGCACCACCCCCACCAGCCUCCGCCACCUAGGCUUUGA